AUGAAAGUUGGCUCGGACAAUUCGCUGUUUGGAAACCGUUCAGGCUGCCAGUGCGACAGCCUCAAGCGCGACGUCGGAUGUAUCUCCAAGCGGCUGACGAGCGUGCCGCGCGGGCUGCCACCGCGCACGCGGACGCUGCAUCUCAACGGCAACAGCAUCGCCGUUCUCUCGGCGCACUCCUUUGUUCGCGUGCCGCGCCUGGAGGAUCUCCAGCUGCGGGACUGCGGCGUCCGAGACGUCGGCAGCGGCGUGUUUCGAGGAAUGAGCCACCUGGCAGCGCUCGAUCUGAGCAACAACGACAUUCAGAUUCUGCAUCCCGGGGCUUUCGCUGGGCUGACGACGCUCAAGACGUUGCUGCUGCACAACAACCGGCUCCUUGAGAUCAAAGCUGGGGCAUUCUCCUCGUUGCAGCGGCUGAGGCUGCUGAACCUGACGGGGAACCGGCUGACCUACCUGCCGGACGGGGCGCUGCGGGGCCUCAAGUGGCUCGAGAAUUUGCGGCUAUCCAACAACGCGCUCAGCAGCCUCGGCGACGACGUCUUCGCGGCUCUCUCGUCUCUGCGGCGUCUCGACAUCGACGGGAACCGCCUGCAGUUCGUCCCCGAGGAGGCGCUGGCGAAGCUGCGGCGAGUGGUCGCGAUGGACCUGAGCGAGAACCCGCUGACGUUCCUCGGCGACUCCGCGUUUCGCACGCCGGCCCUGCAGCGUCUCCGCGCGGACGACACCGCCCUGCAGAACGUGGCGCCCGGCGCGUUCGACGCGUCUCCCGGCCUGCUCUGGCUCCAUCUCCGGCGUAGUCAGCUCAAGGUCGUCCACCCCAUGACCUCCCUCACGCGGCUCAGGCAGCUGUCCCUGCACGGCAGCCCCCUGCAAUGCGACUGCUACCUGCGCGACUUCCGCGAGUGGCUGCGUGCCAACGCCGCCAAUCUGUCGUUUAGCGGCACCUGCGCCACCCCCGUCGGGGUCUAUCUCAGGCCACUCACCGACCUGCAGCCCGAUCAGCUCAAGUGCGAGAGCGGGCAGCGGUCCCCGAGGCCCGGCGCGCCGCCGCGCGAACCCAAAGGCUGCCCGAAACGCUGCAACUGCAGGCCAGAAGUCCAUCACGUGGCCUGCAAGAGCAGGGCCCUCACGGCGGUCCCUGGGAACAUCCCAGGGUACACCUGGCUUUUGGACCUGCAGGACAACCAGGUGUCUGUCGUUCCCAAGAAGGCGUUUUCCACGGCCAAUAACCUCUUCUCGCUGCAUUUGCAAAACAAUCGAAUCAACGACUUUGGUAAAGAUGCAUUUUACGGUUUGGGCAAGCUGAUUUAUCUAUAUUUGUCGAAUAACAGCAUUUCUCACUUGAAAAACUACGUCUUUAAUGGCCUCAGCUCGCUCACGUACCUAUACUUGGACCAUAAUUUGCUCACCGUCCUGAGUGCGUGCAUGUUUAAACCUCUGGACAAUCUGAAUUCCCUCAAUUUGGGCUACAAUGGAAUCCAUCUCGUGGACGAAAAGGCCUUCGACGGGGCGCGCAAAUUGCGCGGUCUGAAUUUGACGAGCAAUAACGUCUCGUCGCUUCCAGCCGCGACCUUUUCCUCGACCCCUGAGAUCGAGACGCUCUCCCUGGACAAGAACAAGCUCGCCCACGUACCAACGCGAUGCUUGCAGAACGCGCCCAACCUCAAGAAACUUGACCUCUCCUAUAACCCCAUCAAAUCCAUCGCCCCGGACGCUUUCGCGAAGGGGCCCAGGUUCCUCCAACACCUGUGGAUCGGCUACACGGAUCUGCAGAAGGUGCACGCGCAGUCUCUACGGGGCCUGAGCCCGACGUUGCGCUCCCUGGACCUGCGGCACAACAAACUGCGCUCGCUGCAGCUGCCCUACUCGUCCCUGACGAGUCUGCGGGUCCUGCACCUGCACGGGAACCCCUGGGCUUGCGACUGCAGCCUGAUGCCCCUUCAGCGGUGGCUCGAGAUUCGGCGCAUCCGGCACGGGGGGAAAUGCGCCGAGCCCAAAUCCGUGCGGGGGAAGCCGCUCCGCUCCGACUCCCUCGCUCGCUGCGACCGCCACCGCAAAUCCAACAGCGCUCGCUCGGCGCACCCCCAGGGGCGUCGCGGUCGGCACGCACACCGCCGUGUCUCGAACGCGCACGCAAACGCCCCCGAGUGACGUCCAAGACAAACCCUUUCGUUCGCGAUAUUAGGAAGCCACUUGGGAGCUAUGCACUUUUAAAUCUAGAUUGAAACACUCAUUUCUUUAGACGAGUUGCUUUUGUUGUUGUUGUGUGCGCCCCGAUUAGCGCCGUUGGCUACGUACGGUGCGAAAGAAGUUCAAAGUACGUGCGUAUCCGCUGCUGGGCGAGAGAAUCUCAUCACUGCCCUGCGUCUCGUGCAGGUUUAUUUGACCAUACUUCACCACAUUGAUCGGUGGAGGGAGCAGUGGUGAUG